UCCGUCUCAGCUUGUUCGCACCGCAACUCGGAGGAUAUACGCCAAAAUCUUUGCUUCAAUCGGUAGCACUGGUUAUUAGUUUGGGGAGUCAUUCAGUUGUGCAGUUGGCAUUUUGAGUGAUUUGGAUCCGAGAUUUGGACGGUAUCGCCCUUAUACAGUUAUCCGCAUCGGUGCAGAUCUCCAUUCUUUUCAAUUCCCAUCCCCGCCAGAUUAAUCGAAAAUGCCUUUCGUCCCAGCAGAACAGAACAAGUGCCCCAAGUGCGGCAAGAGCGUCUAUCCCGCCGAAGAGCGAAUUGCCGCCAGUGGAAAAUGGCACAAGACCUGCUUCAAAUGCGGACUCUGCAACAAAUUGUUGGACUCUACCAACGUGACCGAACACCACGGAGAGCUGUUUUGCAAACAGUGCUAUGGCCGCAAGUUCGGACCUAAGGGUGUCGGUUUCGGAGGCGGAGCUGGCGCACUGUCCAUGGAUGUCGGUGAACAUCUCGGAAACCGAAACACCGAAAUGACAAACGCUCACCACUCAAACCAGUUUUAAACUCCUGGAUUUUGGAUUCGUGUUGCGCAUUUUAUUAAUCUUACAUCAGCAUAAUCUAUUUAUACCUUCACUGUUUUGUUUUCUUCUGUGAACGGGAUAAAAUGGAUUGUUAUUUUUUAUUUGAGUGCUAUGCGAUUUGUAGACGCUCAGUUGAACUGUUCAUCCGAUCAGCUAACUGUAAUCAGUGUAAUGACUAAAUAAAAGUACUAAUUAAAUAGUACUUUAUUAAAACGAAAAUUUCCA